UGGCAUGGCGGCAUCGUCCCCGGCUCCCCCAGCGCGGCCCCUCCGGCAGAGAGCAGAACCCGUGCCCUGCGCGGCACCGUUUCUAUUGGCAACGCGCGGCGACCGGUACCGGUGCCUGGCACCGCCUGAGGGCCCGAACCGCCGCAGGACGCUCUGGAGGCGGCUCCCGGAACAGGGCUUCUCAGCCCGCGCCCCGGCCUCAGGGGCAUGACCUGCGGGAGCACCGAGGGGUGUGAGGAGUCCUGGGGACAGAGUCCGAGUGUGAAGGAGGACUCGUUCAACAUGCUGGACCUGGCGGAGUACACCAAGAAUCGGCCCUGGUGGCGCAAGGUCUUUGCCCCCAGCUCGGGGUCGAGCGCAGAGAAAUACAAUGUGGCCACACAGCUGGUGAUUGGAGGGGUCACGGGAUGGUGUACUGGAUUCGUCUUCCAGAAAGUUGGAAAGCUGGCAGCGACAGCAGUGGGAGGUGGCUUUUUCCUACUUCAGAUUGCAAACCACACAGGAUACAUUAAAGUGGACUGGAAGCUGGUAGAACGGGACAUGAACAAAGCCAAGCAGCAGCUGAAGUUUCACAGCAGUGGUAACAAAAUGUCUCCAGAAGUGAAAAGCAGAGUGGAUGAGGUGAUCAUAUUUCUGAAGAAGAAUAUUAUCCUGACUGGAGGGUUUGCUGGAGGAUUCCUGCUCGGAAUGGCGUCCUAGAAACUGUGCUCGACUCUCCCUUCAUGCCCAGCCUUCCCUCCCCUCUACUGCUGUUCUCUCUCACUUAUAAAGUCAAAGGAUGUUGCCGACAGGCUCAGUCCCUUCUGCUCACAGGUUCCAGCCCUUGUUUCUUACAACACUGCUUCUGAUUUCCAACUUUUUCUGCUGUCUGGGCUGUUAGGGUGCUGGGAUCAGUCUGAAAGCUUAUGACUCCUGGUGUAUUGUUGUGAUUCCUUUCCCCACCAAAUAUGCCCAGUCCCAGAUUUUCUGAUGAGCUGCAGCCUCAUAAACACAUAGUGGCAGAGAAAUCUCUUAAAUGUGCCUCUUUCCAGGUGCUCGGGGCUCUUACAUGUACAUCUGUCUGCCAGUAUAUGUGUACAACAGCUGUCAGCUGUUCACUGCUAUUUAGCUUGCACUUUUUAUGCCCCGGUACCUGAAAGCCUGUGCUUUUUUCUGCACAAAGAUGGUGUGUGCAAUCCAAAAUGUGCUCGGUUGUGCUGGGGUGGAUGCAGAAGUGCCAGGGGACAGACUGGGCUGUGUCCAGGGCAGGUGGAUAAGGAGCAAGUUGAUGCUAUAUGUGGUGCUGGGGGUUCUCCUGCCCUCUCCCUACCAUUGCAUUGCACAUAGAUGGCCGUUUGGCUUCUCCUUUGCUGUUAUUUGUACCCUUACUGGAAUUGCAGCACUGGCACUGCUCAUGGAAACUGAGCACCAUGGAUGACUCUCCAGGCCCUUUCCUCAUCACGAGUUCUGAAAGUCACCAAGCUUCCUGCACUGUAAAGCACCUUUCUCGCUUGCUAGCUGACUGCUCAAGCCUUUGAAGUGUGCUGAGGCGCUCUCUUGUGGUAGGCAGUCUUCCAAUGUGCUUGACUUGUCUGUGUCAGGCUAGCUGGCACAGGUGGUGUGCGUUUCAGCUGUGCCACUUACUGUAAAUCACCUUGGGCCUCAGACUGCUGUUUCUAGGUCUACCAUGACCUUCUCUGGCCACUUUGGCGUUGGUGAUGCUUUUAGAGCUGUAACCAUGUGGGACAGGAUUGUAGACAAGAAAUGCAUCCCUGUUUAGGGUACAUUGUACUGGUCCAGGGUCCCUGUUGCCAGCUGUACUGGAGUGGGGGGUGGGGGGAGGAUGUGAAAUCGAGUGCAGUCCUUUACCUGCCUUUGCAGAGCACAACCCUCUCUGCGAGCAACUGAAAUGACAAAACUGUUGGGUAAACUAGGUUGUGUUCUUGUGGAGUGGAUCAUUUCCAUACUUUCUGCCUUGGUUAUGUUCCUUCCUUCUUUGCGUUUACCAUUGCCACAAAAAAAGCUGCUUGCUUAAUUCCAUCAGCUGCAGCCCCUCUGCAGGUAAUGAGGCAGCCCAGAUGCAGAGCUCAACUGCUUUUGGACAGUCUGUCCCAGUGCAGCUGUGUGCAGAGCAGAACUCUAACCUACAAGAGAAAAUUACAAAAAAAAAAAAAAAAAAAAAUCCCUUAGAGGUGUUCUGCAUUGGCUGCUGGGCUGGCAUUACUACUUUCCAGAGUGUGGGGACUUGCAUGACAGUGCGGUGAUGUCCUCCAGCAGGUCCAUGUAGGAUUUCUUGCCAAGAAUGGGGUUUUCUAAUGUGAAAGUCAGCCCAUCCUUCAAUGGGAAACAGGCUAGGGAAUGAUGAUGCAUGUGGGUGAGCAGGAUGCAGUACAUGGCACAGCGGCUGCACCCCAUCUCCAGCGCUGUGUAAGGCCUUUCUGAUCAUCUGCUGCUACUCUCAGUAUAGCUAGAAAUGGCUAUCUUCCCCCGAAGCUGCUGGAAGAGCUGGAAUGGUGCAUUCUUCCACCAGAGGUUUUGGGAUGAGCACUUGCAGUUGUUAAUUUUGCUUCAGCUUUGUUGAUUGAAGUGUCAGUGUAGCAACACAUUGAUUUAGCUGAGGUUUUCUCACCUUCAGGAUCUGAAAAGACCCUGCAGGUAAUCAGGAAACAGAAGUUGGUAUUGUUGCUCCUGUUCUGCCAUACAUGGCCAAGGAGAAUGAAAGAGCAGCUGGGCUCAUGUUCUUUUAAUGAUGGUCUUCCUAAAAGCCGUUCGGGACUGCAGGAGUGAUUUGAUGCAGCAAAUAGGUCUUCAGUAAUUGAUGUUUGGAAGUGGAGUAACAGAUGGUGGUGGUGGCUUUGGUUUUGGUGGUUUUUUAGGAACCCUGCAGGGCUGAAAGUGCAUGAAUUGAUACAUUUGUAUUGCAGGGUAUCUCUUGUUCCUCUAGGAAAACAGCAUUGCUGUCCCUCUGCCUGGUCUGCUGCAUAACACAACUUCUACUGAGAUGCACUAAUCUCCACAAAGCUUUCUCCAAUGACAAAACUCAAAGUAAAUCAUUAACAGACCUUAGGGGUGUUUUUCAGCCUCAAAUAAGCCACUAUUUCUGCCCAGCCGCAGGGAAGGGUGUAUUGGGUUCUGCUCCACCGGGUCCUGACUUGCUGCUACAGGGAGAAAUGGCCCAGAGAGGGAGUUAAAACGCCUCUGUUGCUGCUGGAAGGGGAAACAAGUGACAAAUUCAUGUUGAGUUUGAUGUGAAUGCAGGCAGGGAAUCGACAAGGACAUCAGGAUCUGGUAAAUCAAAGCCAGUGUCGGGCUUGUGGCUGGCACCAUUUGAUGCUGUAGGCCUGCACUGGAAGCUUUGAUGUUGAAUGAACCUCUGUGGGGAUGCAUUUUCAUUGUUGCAGGUGCCAAGAUGAGGUGUUCCGCCCCCCCCCUCCCCCCCCCCCCGCCCCUGCUACUUUUGGUCUUGUUUCAACAACUGCUGGUGUCUGUUCCACUAUAAGGUUUAAAACACAUUAGGCUUUUAAAGUGUUUUUAUAUCUUGUAUGUAAAUGCUUGUUGAAGUGAUAUUUUAUUAAACAGUUUUGCUCUAAUA